GGAAGGUGAAUGCAACCACCAUUCCAGCGAGCUCACCUGCCCCAGGCACCGAAAUCCGCCUCUGGGAAAGGAUCACCCGUGAAUUUGAGAUGUGAUCACAGCUGCCAGGACUUCGGAGAUGAACAAUGAGCGGAAGAGAUCUCCGAAUGUUCAUCACAAAUCACAGAGCAGAAGAUGCAGAGAAGCUGGUAAUAAGAAUGAGAAAUGGUCUUGGAAGUCAGAAGUACAAACCAAUUGACUAUGAACAACUUCAGGCUCUUGCUGAAGCUAAAAAGAUGGCGUGUCUUGAUACCGAUCUUAAGAUUCAGAAGAUCUUCCAAGCAGCAAAAUUUAACAAAGAACAUACACUAAUUAAGCAGCAUCAGUGGGUAUGGUGGCAGGAGCAGCCAAAACUAAUGGAAGUAAGGCAAAAGGUAGAAUCACAGCUUCAGAAAUUACUUGAAGAUGGAAGCACUGAAAAUGUAUUCUAUUUUGAAAUGAAAGAAUAUGGUAGAAUGUUGGGGGGAGACCGGGAAGCUUUUAGAACAGCUACAGUGGAGCCAAUCUUGCAGUUGAAGAAAGACUUGAAACAAAGACUGAUUGAAAUGCAGCAUUGUCCCUUGCAGCGACUCAACCAGGGGGAUGAAUUUAAUUCCAGCCAGAUACUGCAGCAGGUGGAAUGUGUAAAAAACCAACAGAAGGUCAUAACAGAUAAGCUUGAACGAGAGAGAAGCACCUUGGAAGAACAGAUCAACAAUAUUGGAUUUGAGGAUGAAAUCCCCCCUCAUCUUGAUGAAAUUCCAGAAGAUGUACAUUACUUGGAAUGCCCAUAUCCUGACUUGAAAGUCUCUGUUCUCCAGGAGUUCCAGAAUCUAAAUGUAAAAUACAAAUCUCAGCUCGAGGAUAUCAAUCAUCAACUUAAAUUUACAGACAGGAAUUGUGGAUGGACUGAAGAAGAACAUUGGACUUUUCAAGUUAUUGUAGACCUGUACUCUCACGAGACACAGAAUCGAAACAUACCGUACAUGGAUAUGCUGUUGAGGCUGCUGCCACACAAGUCCAAGCAAGAACUGAUUGACCACUGGAGAUUAUGGGAUGGAUUUCAGUUUAAGAAAGAGCACCAGAAGGUUCUGAUUCAGAACUGGACUCGUGACAAGAAAGACUUGCUGAUGAAGACAGUGAUGAUAUUUGCUGAAGCCUGUAUUGCUCAUGAGGCUGAUCUGUUGCUGGCAAAUGACAGGCGGAAGCAGCAGGAAAUCUGUGCUGAAUUAAACCACAAGGUUCAACAAAUGCGUGCACAUCAAGAGGAAAUGGCUCAACUGGAAGCAGCUAUUGCUGCACAGAAGAGAGAAAGAGAAAUAGAGCAAGAGAGAAAGGAAAGAGAAAAGGAAAUGUACCGUAGAGCCAUGGAUAAAGAAAAAGUAAAGCAAUACUAUGCUGAGAAGCAACAUAAGAGGGAAGAGUUAGAACAAAGGCACGAGCAGCGACUUAGAGAAUUGAAAAAUGAAAUGGCAGAGCAAGCUGAAAGGGACAGAGAACGGGUGAAAGACAGACAGGAGUUGUUGCAGAAACGUCGUCAAGAAAAGAAAGCAUUGAUUUUGCAGCAAAUGCAAGAGGAAGAAGAACGACAAAAGCAUCUUGAUGCUUACUGGCAAAAGUUUGCUGUCACUGCUCAGUUUGAUCCUGUCAGGAUGAUGGGUGACACAGAGGCAUCAAAAGCUCGAAUUGGAAUUGGGGCAGAAGAAGAAUUUUUCCUCCAAAAGCCACUAUUUUAUUUGUCUACAUACACUGAUAAACAGGUAAUAGCUGACCCUCGUGUUCGAAUUGAACAAGCUCUACGAGAAGCAGGACUCCACAGUACUUUUUAUGCCAGAGAAGUUUUAUCAAAGAUUCCUCCAGCGAGACCUCCAAGGAGAGACAUGGAAUCCACUCUUUUUAAGGACUAAAUUUACUCAAGGAAAAAGAAUGAAGUACGAAGCUGAUUUCAAGCUAAAAGUUGCAACAUUUGCUAACUCAUCAAAAAACUGUACUGCAGUGAGGGAAGUCGGUGUCAGUGAAAAACUGGCGUGAGAAUGGAAGAAGAAGGAGCAGAUGCCCAAUAUCAAAUGUGCCAUCAGAACGGGGACCAGACAUUGGCCUGAUCUUAAGUAUCAUGGAUCAGAAUGGGUCCUUGAAAAUUGUUGGAAUGAUUAUACAAUCACCGGAAAAGC